GCAGCCCAUUACGGAAAAGCCCGAUGGGUCAAAUUGGUCUUCUUCUUCUUUCUUUCUCCUAUGCUUGUUGGACUUGACGACAUUCACACCUAUUCAGCUGAAGAGAAGAGAGGAUAAUGGCGUCGGGAUGGGGGAUCUCCGGGAACAAGGGCCGCUGCUACGAUUUCUGGAUGGAUUUCAGUGAAUGUAUGUCCACUUGUCGCGAGCCUAAGGACUGCACUCUUCUUCGAGAAGACUAUUUCGAGUGUCUCCAUCAUCCCAAAGAGUUUCAGCGUAGGAACCGGGUAUACAAGGAAGAGCAGCGUCAGCUAAGAGCAGCUGCACAGAAGCAGAAGGAAGGUGCAAAUGGUGGCACAACUCCCCACUGAUUGUCAAUAUUUUCCUUUUUUUCCAUAUCUGGUUUUUGAAAGCAAGUUGAAGUGGAUGCUUUGGAAAUAAAAAAAGAACUCACUAAACCAGUUGUACUCUGUAUUGCAUGGAAUGAUGCAAUGUUAAAACCAUCCAUUACUGGUUGCUGCAAGUGUAUUGAUAACACCAUCUGUUGUAAUAUACCCUCUUUUUUUGUGUGCAAGAGGCUUCCUUUGGGGCCCUCUUAAUAGGGUUUCUCUAGAGCUUCUAUUUUUUAUUGGUUGUUUCUAUUUGAUUAUUCACAUUAUUUUAUAAAUCUUGUUUGUGAAA